GCUAGCGUUUGGUCUGGUACCAUUUUUGGCUCGCCAUCGUCGACUUGGGCGCGCCCGCGUACCGUUUUCGCCAACUCGCGGGCGAAACAGCGGCGCGGAAAUCAGCCGCCAAAAUAUUGGCUGCCAAAUCUGGCGCGAGCCAGCCACCGUGAUAUAAAAGGCACGAUUGAUUUUCCCCCACCUGUUCGCCACUUUCCCCAUCUCUCUUCUUAUCUCCACGCACAGAAGCGCUCUCGAUCCAAUCACCGGGCGGCCGCGUUCUGCGUCGGUGCCAGCUUCUCCGGCGGCCGGCGACCGGCGACGCUGCUCCACCUCUCGCCCUCCUCUCCCAGUCAAGCUACGCUCCAAGGUCAUGGGGAAGCAAAAGCUCACUAUAAAGACCGAGGAGGAGUCAAAUCCUCGUGAGAAGUACAUAACCUGGACUGACGAGGCGACAAGGUUUAUGCUUGAUUGGUACAUUGAGCUUCGUAAGGACAAACCUGCAACUUUCAAGUUCAAGAAACAGCACCACUUGCACUGUGCUGAUGCUUUGAAUGGCAAGUUUUCUCUUGGUGUCACUCAAACCCAAGUGGACCGACACUACCGGUCAUGCAAGGAGAAGUGGGGCUGGGUGCGUCGCGCCAUGGCCAAUAGUGGCAACGGCUUUGACAGGAUUAAUUUCACAUUCACACUUUCUGAGUCAGAAAAACAAAACCUAAGUAAAACUGCAGUCAAUUAUCUUACUAGACCCAUCAGGUUUUUUAAUCAAUUGCAAGAGUUAUUCUCUGACCAGUCCCAUGCUGAUGGCUCGCUUGCAACUGACCAAACCACUGUCAAUGUGGAUGAUGAUAGUGAUGACAGCGAGGAAGUGAGGGAACUUGAGGCCAAUCUAAUUCCAGUUGACAGUGAUGAAGCUGACUCUGACACUAUUAAUCGUCAUAGUCCUAAAGUUGACUUGGAAGGCAAUUCUUUAAACAAGAAGCGCAAGCACGUGUCAUCUUCACCUUCCAAGAAGCCAACUAAGGGGAAAGCAAACAAGAAGGGCAAGAUUUCUAAUGAUGAUAUGGCAGCCAGUAUCAAGAAGCUAGCUGACUCUCUUGCAUCUCCUAUUGUUUCUGUGCAACCAAUGCCACCUAUAGAUCCAUAUGCAAACCUUUGGAAGCGGAUAAAUGCCCUUACCAUACCAGCUAAGGAUAAACUUGAGAUUGUAGCAUAUCUAUCCAAGCCAGAUCAAGAUAUCUUUCGUAGUUACCUCAACUAUGCUGAUGAAACAAUUCUUGGACAGUGGGUCCUUAGCUUCUUCGAGCCUCGGUUUCAAGAAGAUGGUGGCAAUGGUGGAUCUGCAACUGCUCACUGAAUGGCCACAUGACUAGAUAGAGAUUGCGGCUUCCUUUUGUUUACCGCUAGGAGCAUGGGUAACAUACAUCAUGCAUAUUUUGUCUAUAUAGAGCAGGCUGGGUGCAUCAUAUUUUGUUUAUAUGGAGCAGACUUGGUGCUAGUCUGACUAGUAUGACUUACUUGGUCUGGUAAAGACUUGGUUACUAUGUGAAUUUUAUUUAGCCUCCUUGAUGAUUAAUCUGAUGUAUCGAACAAUAUGAGUUAUCUAAUGUAUUAGUUGAACCA